UCGCAUGCACAGCAUGAGUCAGGAUUGUACUGAAACAUGAUACUUAAUGUGUAGUAGGUUUACAAAAUAUUUCAUUUCUAUAAGCUCGAUUGUGACGAGAGCAUAUAGCUCUCGUGAAUAAAACUUUGUACUAAAGGAUCAUAUUUAAACUGUUGUAGAUGUAGUAUACUUGUAGAUUAACAACAUAUUUCAUUUCUAUUAGCUCGACUGUGGUGAGAGCUUUGAUCUUAUCGAAUUCCUCUCGAGAACGUAAUAUUUGAUAGAUAAACAGACAGUUUAAAGCAAAAGAGAUGGCAGGAAAGUUGAAAAUAGGAGUUGUAAUAUCAUCCACCAGAGAAGGUCGUAUAGGAGAAAGGGUUACAACAUUUGUGAAAAAUGCCAUUCUUAAGGACCACGAAGUUGUUGUUUUUGAUCCGUUGAAAGAAGAUCUUCCACUGACACAACAAUCCUUGAAUUUUAUGUUCAACCCUUCGGUUGUACCUCAAAACAUAAAGGAUCUGAAUGAAAGAUUCAAAGCCCUUGAUGCACUCGUGUUUGUUUGCGCUGAGUACAAUUGGAGCCUACCACCCGCCCUGACAAAUCUCAUGGACAACAUUCCCCCACCCACUGUGGCAUGGAAACCGUGUGGAUUUGUUACCUAUUCCAUGGGACGAAUGGGAGGAUCAAGAGCGGCUGUUCAGCUUCGGAUAUUUACAGGCGGUAUGGGCAUGAUGGCUGUACCAACUAAUACAUCCAUUCCACUAGCCCACGAAACACUGGAUGCGAGCGGAAACACCAAAGACAAUAAAUUGAACGAGGAGCUUUAUGUAACGUUAAAACAAGUGUAUUGGGCGGCCAAGGCACUGAAGUCCUACGCUGAGAAUAACCUUGCACCGAUUUGGGCGUCAUCGUAGAUCUGACAUUUUAAGAAACCCAUUCCGUGAAGAGUUGUAUCAACAUUAGAAAUGUUCGAAUAAAAAACUGUGUACAUUGCUUAAAUUGUUGUCAAAUCAUGACCGUCGGUUUAAACUGUUCAAAUUAUGAUCCUUUUCGUUUCUUCAUUAAAACAAUGUUUUCUUUACAUUAA